AUGCUCGAUCGCUGUUUGCUGCUGAGGACUCUUCAGACGUUGAAUGUCGUUCUGUCGCUUGCCUGGUAUGCAAUCGCAGCUGCUACGCCUCGUUUUCCGCCAUUCGACCACGUCCGACUCGGCGUCAGUUCUUUGGCAUUCAUCUCAUCAUGCGUUGAAGCCAUAAUUGCAGUCAAAAUUUCUGAUCCAUGGUCUACUAGCGACCCCGACGUCGUCUACGCACUCUUUCUGGCUUUGGUCUGGAGCAUUUUGCUGUUGGGCCUGACUGAGACAGGCGGCAGUAUCUCAAAUUCUCACAGCGGUGCCUGGAUCACAUUGCUCGUCUUCGGGAGUGUUGUUGCGGCUCUUCAAGCGGACCAAACAUCAUCAUCGAACAGUUUAUUCCUUGCGAGAAGCAUUGUACAAGCGAUUCAGCUUGGGUUGACAAGUGUUCUGUUAGGAGCGACCGUCCUUGUCAAGUGCGUGGGAGUCGGGAAGUCGACCGAGAAAGAUGACGAACAUCGGCCGUUGCUGGGUGGUGAGGAUGGAUCCCCCAAAUCGGAUGAGCAAACCCCCGCCAAAGAAGUCGACCAGGAGGAGAUAGACCGACAGCAGAUACGUGAACGGGCAGGCUGGCAGUAUCUUGCCUCUUUCAAGGUGUUCUUGCCGUUCAUGUUCCCAAGGUCACGGCAACAACGUGUUUUCUUCAGUGGCAUGCUGGUAAUCAGUGGACUGAAAAGAGUUGUGACGGUCGCCCUUCCGCUAAGUCUUGGUGCUGUUGUCGACGGCCUGGGAACACAUAUCCCCUGGGCAGCUAUCGCAUUAUACGGGUUUCUUAGGUUCCUUGUCUCACCAGCAGGGCUCUCUCUAAUCGAUUCGUGGCUAUCAUAUCAACUCAAUACCGAUAUGACCAUGGCACUGAAUCGCCAUUGCUAUGACCACCUCAUGAAUCUAUCAGCCGACUUUCAUGAUUCUAAAAAGUCGUCACUUAUCUGGCAGACGAUGAGUCAAGGCUCGGAUGUGGUCGACCUGUUCCACGAUUGCUUAUUCGAUUUCGUCCCGACACUCAUCGACUUUGCCGCGGCGGCCGUGGUUCUCACAUAUUUGUUCGGAGCUUAUAUGCUUUUUAUCGUUACAGUGACAUCCAUCUUCUUCUAUUGGCUGACGUUGAAAGCUUUGCAUAAGAAGCGAGCUCUGAACCGGUCGAUCAGAGAUACAUGGAUGGACCAGUGGCACCACUUGACCGAAACCACCAUGAAUUGGUCGACAGUCACCCAAUUUGGUCGCAUUUCUCAUGAAAUGCAACAUUAUCGGGAGAAAGGCGAUAUUUACCGGUCCACUACAAUGACCUUCUGGUUGUACGAGUGCUGGACCAGAUGGGUUCGCUAUACGAUACCAUCGAUAAGCUUCCUGGCAGCAUGUGGUGUGGCAGCGUUGCAAAUUGGUCAUGGACAGCACAAGAUCGGUGAUUUCGUUGUCUUGGUCACCUAUUGGGCUCAGGUCACUUCUCCGCUCGAUGUUUUGGCCAACAAUCUGUGGAAAGUCGCUCGGAACCUGGUCAAUGCUGAGAGAUUGCUGGUUCUUUUGGAGAAAACACCAGCCAUCUCCGAUCCGCCCGUCCCCAAAACAUUCACAUUCCUUGGUGGAGCAAUCGAGUUUGAGAACGUCUCUUUCUCGUACGACGGCAAGCGAAAAGUAGCAGACAAUCUAUCGUUCCGCGGCACCCCAGGCCAGACUAUUGCACUGGUGGGACAAACUGGAAGCGGCAAAAGCACGAUACUCAAAUUACUCUUCCGCUUUUAUGAUCCGGAACAAGGUCGAAUCCUGAUUGACGGCCAGGACGUUCGGCAAAUGGCAAUGGAAGGGUUCCGAAAGCACAUUGCCAUCAUCCCACAGACACCAGUGGUGGUCAAUGCGUCGAUUCUGGAAAACGUGAAGUAUCCCGAUGUCGACUGUACCGACGAAGAGGUUACUGAAGCAUGCAAAGCAGCUGCACUUCAUGACAAAAUUAUGACUUUCACCUUUGGCUACCAAGAACAAAUUGGCGAGCGCGGAACCAAGUUGUCCGGUGGAGAGCUUCAACGGUUGGCAAUUGCUAGAGCAAUGUUGAAGAGAGCUGAUAUCCUUCUCCUGGACGAGGCUACGAGCAGUGUCGACAGCAUCACAGAGAAGCAUAUUCAGACGAGUUUGCGGAAGCUCUGCGCUGGCAAGACCACUCUCGUGAUUGCGCAUAGGUUGUCGACCAUUCUACACGCUGAUCAGAUUCUGGUUAUCCGAGAUGGCCAGGUCGUCGAAUCUGGAACGCACAAAGUCCUGAUAGGACAGAAAGGCGCUUACAAUGAACUCUGGAGCAGCCAAGUACAGACACAGCCAAAGGAGGUCACCAAGGAAUUGGACGGUGAUUGUCUCAUCAACGACACACUGGAAAAUUUGGCUGCCAGCACAACCGAGGAUCCUGAUGCUGGAGAAUAUGUUGCAACAAGGCGUGCAAGCGGGCGCGGACUAUCCAGCAUUCUUGCUCGCAUUCCCUCUGAUUCUCAAGCCUCACGUACUUCCAGCAAGGAGCGAGCGAAAGCCAAUGGGCAGCGUAUCACCCUUGCUCCCGGUAGGAGACUGUCUCGAUCGAAAUCGCCGACUCGACCUGUAUCGGAUGAUCCAGAAGUCAGACCGAAGAGCCCCUUGAAGCCGACUGCACCAGAAUUUGUGCCCCGGAGUCUUCAAAAUAGCCUUGAUAUAAAAACACAACCGGCUGACACUGGUGUUGAGAAGUCAACUCAGGCACACCAGUCAGAAGACGUACAGCGGCCCGCAGGUCGUACUUUUGAUGGGGUGUAUGAAGAGCAGGAUACAAAAGAGCGAGGGUACAACCUAGAAGAUCCACAUCGUCGGACCGCUAGUGAACCAUUCCUGCCGAAUGAUGGCAGAGAAGAUUCUGACGAAACAUCCGAAAGAGACGACGAUCCACCGCUGGCUCGAACCUCAAGGCUGCCUGAAAUGUCAACGAGAAGAACAGUAUCGGCUUCGGAAAGACGGGCGAACGAAUCCUUCGAGGAAGAUCUGCCUAAAGAUGGACCUCAGCCGCCACCCAACACAGGAGCGGCGAGUCCAAAUGUCUUCGUGUUGAGGGGCAAGGAGACGAAUACCAAGUGAUCACUCUGGACGUCGAGCAGAUGGAGCAGGCCUAGGACGCACAUCGAUAAGAAAG